GACGUAAGAUCACAGAGAUAAGAGACUCUUUGAAGGAACUCAAGAACGGAAUUGAAGAUACGUAAAUUUUGAGAGGGAACUUUGGAUAAAAUGAAGCUGAAUUGUGAAUAUUCCUGAAACAAUGGACGUUUAAGUUCUCGGGGAAAAAGAAACCUUUGUCCCCUUUGUUUACCUAGUGUUGCUAUCUAAUUGUUAGUAAAAAAAGGCGAAUGAUAAGGAAGAAAGGUGAUUGCUCAUCGCGGUGAAUCAAAGCAGAUAGAUAACGGACGACAAUGUAAUCAUUUAAGUAAAUAGACUGAAAAAUUGAAUUCGUAAGUACACAAGUUUUAGUUACAGCGAGAAAAAUAUAUAUUAAAGCAGUUAAAUAAAUAGAAUUGCACCGAUCGUCGCGGUGUUAAAAAAAAGCAAGAUACAUAAGCGGUGAACAUGAUAAAGGCCCGUGAUAAGAGACUAUCAUUACGCAGAUAAGAAUGAAGGAAACGUAAAGGCAAAUGAGAUCAGAAGAAGAUUCUCUUGGUUUAUUACCGCGAAUAAUCAUCGAUAAAUUAAACGAGUCUUCUUCUGAGAUUGCCAAGUGUGAGACAAUAGGUCUAAUUAUUUCAGAUGUUGUAGAAAAAAACGAACAAAUAUUUCCCUAAUUGUUUUUAAAAACGUAAUCUUGACAACAGCGGCAUUAACGUAUCUUCAAACAUAAUUGCGUACAUAUUGCAGUAUUUAAUAAUCAGAACUUUGAACGUUUAUUUAAUUGCUUUGCCAUUUAAUUAUCGUCGUUGGCGCACACUAAAAUUUCGCGAUGAAACUUUGCUGGAUCGGAUAUCGAACUAUCUUGGACCUCAGUUUCCUGAUGUAUAUUGAAAAUUUUAGGCAUACGUGUGCAAUUUUCGUUCACUAAUGUGCGAAUGCAAACUGAAGACAUUGCUGAAUCAGCACGAUAACACACAUACAGACAGAUAUUACUAUUCAUACUAUUCGAGGAACAUUUAUUACCUUGUGUUCAAACAUUUCACUUUUAACCUUGGAAAUAUAAACUUCUGCAUGUGUCAGUUUUAAUAUUUUAAUAUUAAAAAGAAUAUUUAUAAAUAUUCUUUUUAAUAUACAAAAUUCGUGCGAUUAGUGCAUAUAAAAUUAGCAUUUCAUCUUUGAAUUAAAAUAAUAGAUAUUGAAGCUAAUAGAAUCCAUCCAUCCAACGGCACUAUGGUCCAAGUUAGACUCGGAUCUUCUCAAUUAGUAGAAUACAUGGGUAAUGUAUUUUUUAAUUUGCACGAGACAUUAUUUCACACCUUAUAAAUAAUUGUUCGCAAGAACAGUAAAUUCAAUUUUUAAUUGUCAAUUUUUUGCAUAAUAAACUUUCGCGUAGGCUGGUAAUUAUCGUGCGCUGAUAUCGCGCGGAUUUGCUUUCAAUAAAUCACAAAUCCGCUUGUUUUCGAGAAACAGAAAUAGGAAAAAAGAAAUGAAACUUUUGGCCAAACUUUUAACCGUUACUUCGUCUCGUGUACGCAACAAAGUACGCAGAAAUUAAAUUAACGUUUAGCAGAGAGAGUACAACAUUUUUCCCGAGUUCCCUAGGUACAAUUGCUCGCACGAGCGUUCGACGAGGAGCGCGACGGCAGUUUUAUUAAUGGAAAGAGAAUAGACUCAUUAGAUAAGAUGCUCGCGCGCCACAUAUACCUACCUGUUGACACUGCUCGUCGCCGCUCUGUUAUCGGCUAGAUAAGAUUUCUGCGUCUUUGUCGUACUUGAGGCAUCAGUCGAACGCGCGAAUUCGUGCGGUACACCUCCGCGCGGUCGUACAUGAAAAAAAGAAAAACGACCUAUGUUUCUUCGCUCCGAGAUCGCGCGAGCGGAAAGCGCAUAAUCAUCCACGGCAUCACGUUUCUUCGUCCUACGAGGGCCCACUGGCGCAGGAUUCUCGGCGUCAAAAGAAUUUGCUGUGGACAUGCGUUGGACGAAGAUAACAUGAGGUUCUCGUGCUUCCCGAGAGCCAAUAUCCUCGGGCAGAGGGGUAGCAUUAAUCUCACCCCUCUGCCGGGCUACGAGGACUCUACCAGCUUCACUAUAGGCGUCGUACGUCUUAUUAACAUACGUCCGCUACCUGGUACCUUGCCUUCGCUGGCUGUAAAUGGCACCGGUCCCUCAUCGUCCGCGUCAUCUACUUCACUCACGAAAGCCAUAGUGUCGUCUGAGGCCAAUCAUGUCAAUCACCUCCCAUCGCAUCCGGAACAGUCCGAAUCAGAAGAUGCGACUGUUGUGGGCAAUAACGAACAACAUGUGAAUAAUCCGCGGGGCGGCGUCAUCGGCAGGACACCGACGCCACCCUCGGCACCGACACCCGUGUACGAGAAAGACGCCAGGAGUGCGAGACAAAUUAAAAGGGCCAUUUUGGAGAACGAAUUUCUCGGCCAUCAUGAAGAUCAUCUAGUGGAGGCGCUCGUCUUGGCUAUGUACCCCAAACAAAUUCCCGCUAAUACUCUGGUCAUCCGAGAGGGCGAUAUAGGCUCGCACUUGUACGUGUCCGCGGAGGGAGAUUUCGACAUUUACGAGGGGAACAAAUUCCAAAGAAGCUUCGGACCCGGAAUUGCGUUUGGGGAGAUCGCUCUACUGUACAAUACGAAAAGACUUCGAUCUAUUAGCGUAAAGAAAGCUGGAAAAGUAUGGGUGCUCGACAGAUCAGUAUUUCUAACCAUAAUGAUGAGAACCGCUCAGGAACAACUGGAGAGUAACAUCCGCUUGCUCCAGCGCGUUUCCGUUCUCCAAAAGCUCCCGGAACCUAAGGAUCACGUGUUCGCGAAGAUAUCCGAUCUCAUAAGAGUAGAAUUUUUCCCAGCUGAAACGAAAAUACUGCGGCAGGGCGAGAAGGGUGAGAAGUUUUACAUAAUCAGCUGCGGCAACGUGCGGAUCACCAAAGACACCGAGUACGGAGGCGAGGAGGAACUAGUGGUCCUCGGCAAGGGAGAUUAUUUCGGCGAAUUGGCUCUCUACGAUGACGGGGGUGAACGGCGUGCCAACGCGAUCGCGCUUGCACCUGGUGUCGAAUGCCUGACGCUGGACAGAACAUCAUUCCUGAACUAUCUCGGGAGCCUGGACGAGAUUCGUAACAAGGACUGGUUGGCGGAGUACGAGAAGCAAAAGCGUUCGUUAACCCCGAAGAAGUGGACUAACGAGUAUGCAAGUUUAACCUUGGUCGACCUCGAGACUAGGGGAACGCUAGGAGUGGGUGGAUUCGGCCGUGUCGAACUGGUCACACUCAGAUCCGAUCCGAAUAAGAGCUUCGCUCUGAAGAAACUCAAGAAGAAAGUUAUGGUCGAGCAGCAGCAACAAGAGCACGUGCUGAACGAGAAACACAUUAUGCAAGCGUGUGACUCUGCUUUCGUAUGCAAACUUUAUCAAACGUACAAGGACAACAAGUACGUCUAUUUUCUCAUGGAAGUGUGUCUCGGCGGAGACGUUUGGACGACCCUUCAAAGGAGGCGUUCAUUCGACGACGCUACCACGCAAUUUAUGGUCGGCUGCGUGGUGGAAGCCCUCGAUCAUCUUCACUCCUUAAAUAUCGUGUAUCGGGAUCUGAAACCGGAAAAUCUUAUGCUCGACACUCGUGGCUACUUGAAGCUGGUGGACUUUGGUUUCAGUAAGAAAAUUGGCCCGGCUAAAACGUGGACGUUUGCCGGCACGCCCGAGUAUGUCGCGCCAGAAAUUAUCUUGAAUAAAGGACACGACAGGGCCGUGGAUUAUUGGGCUCUCGGGAUCCUAACGCAUGAACUUCUCGUUGGUAAGCCGCCUUUCCGAGGAUCCGAUCACAUGACAACGUACAACAAAAUCCUGAAGGGUAUCGAAGUGGUUGGUGUACCGAGCAUCGUCAACAAAAAUGCCAACAAUAUCAUCAAGAAGCUACUUCGCUUGAACGCCUCGGAACGAUUGGGUUAUCAACGAAAUGGGAUACAAGACAUUCGCGAUCAUAAAUGGUUUUCCGGAUUUAACUGGCAAGCGCUUCAAAGAUUGGCUCUACCAGCGCCCAUUGUACCAACGGUGCGACAUCAACUCGACACACGGAACUUCGAAAGAUAUCCACCUGACCGCGAUAUCCCACCAGAUGAGUUUUCCGGCUGGGACAUCGACUUUUGAGAACAAGUCCUCGAUGUAACGGAGCUACAAGAUUGACACCGUAAUUUCACGAUCUUCACGUUAUUAAUAUUUUUAAAAAAUGCAUUUGUUAAUCGUUUAUAUUGUUAUAGAAAUAUUAUAGCUCUUUUAUUAAUUGUUAUCAAACAAAUAAUGACAAAGAUAUUAAGAGAAUCGUAUCGACACAACUACGAGACGUGAAACCGAAUAAGCUGCAUUGUCGAUUAAGGUACUUGUUAAUAAUUAACAGUAAGUAGCAUUUGCAGAAACAUUUUUACUUUGUAUUUAAAUUUUUAUAAGAUUACGGAAUGAUGUCUCCUAAAAUUCACUUCCCAUACAGCACCGAAGCUUUCAGAAACAUUUCAGAAACAUUGCAACAGUGUCUUCUGAAAUGUUUCUGAAAGCUUUGGUGCUGUAUGGGUUGCUCAUACAAAUCGUCGAUUUGCAUAGUCAGCUGAAUUUUUUAACUUCAAUGGAUUGAUAAUCCGUAAAAGUAAUUAAACUAAUAUAAAAAAUUAUAUUACUUCCUCAUAAGCAACACCUGACAUUCCGGUGUAUCCUAAUCGCAGAAUAUACGUAUUCCUUUAAGACUAUUCCAUUUUGUGUAAAAAAAAGAAAUCCAAAACUUGUAAUAUAAUUGUAAUAUAAUUUUUUACACGAA